AUGCAGAACGAGGCUGGCGAAUUUGUUGAUAUGUACAUUCCUAGGCGCUGUGAUGUCAGCAAUCAGUUGAUUGGCGCCAAGGAUCACGCAUCGAUUUCCUUGCGACUCGCCGAAGUUGACGCUGUUACCGGCCGCAUGAAUGGGGAAUGUAGGACUUUUAACAUCUCUGGUCAAAUUCGCUCUAUGGGUGAGUGCGACGACUCACUUAAUAGGCUUGCUAUCAAGGCGAAGAUGCUACCGAAGUGCUUCGUCUACUGCAUCCUCACAGGGACGCUUGUCACGGGUCGGAAACAGUCGUGGUCUCGAUCGUCACCAACAGAGGGAAAGCCGUUUUCAAGUGUUCACGCCACCCAGGUGCCUCACUACUUUGCGCUUCUACUGUGA